AUGUCUUCACGUGCGAUUCGGAAGUUGCAGAAGCUGCGCGAGCAGGAGCUGCUGCAGCAACAAGAAAACGAAGACGCAUCUAGCGAUGAUGAACCCCCGCGCCCCACGAAGCCAAAGUUUAACGCCUUCGAUCUUCUGAACGCCGGCGGCGACGACGACGACGACGAUGAUAACGACCUAGAAUCGGAGGAGGAUGUUCAAGAACCUGUGAUUCAGCAACCCGAACCUGAGCCUGCGCCUGCUGAGCCCAAGAGUGCCAGCAAGAAGAAGAAAAAGAAGAAGAAGAAGGCCAAGGCGGCGGUAGUUACUGAACCAGAAGGCAAUAAAUCCGACGAUGAGCUGGACGAAAUCGAUCGAGCGUUGAAGGAUCUCGCCACGGACGGUCAACUACCAGCUGGCGCGGGUGCAGGAGCCCUGACAAAGGAUAAUGAAAAUGCCUCGUUCGCAAAAACGACCGACGAACUGCUCGCGGUCGAUCCGAAGUUUUUGAAUGCGACAAAUGAGAUGAAGCGGCUAUUUGGAAAUGUGGUCUUGGAAAACUUCGACCAACCGGCCGAUGCAGGUUCUGGUCGUCGACGGGAUCGCAAUCGCGAAACGGUAGACCUCGGUCGAGCCUUAACCGGACGGUACAGUCCGGCCAGUAGAGGCCAGAGCUUAGCGGGUGUGACACUACGGCGGAAUAUCUUGAUGCAAGGCAAGGACGAGUGGCCUCGAGCGCCAAGCGGAGGACUUGGCAUGGAGCUCGAGGAGAAGCUCGCUUCGGGCGUCACACAGUACCGGAUCGUUCACAAUGCAGGCUAUCAGGACGUACAGAGACAGUUCGAGCUGUGUGUCGAGUCGAUGGAUCCACAACGCCUGAUCCACCACCUACAAUACAACCCUUAUCAUAUCUCGACUCUACUUCAAGUAUCUGAGAUCGCCAAGCACCAAAGCGAUCAUGCCGUCUCUGCCGAUCUUUUGGAGAGAGCACUCUUCAAUAUUGGGCGCUCGGCUCACUCAUCGUUCAACACACGUGCCAGAGAAGGCCAAGCCAGACUGGACUUCCUGCAUAUGGAGAAUCGUGAGUUGUGGCUUGUUGGUUGGAGGUAUAUUGCAAACUUGGGUAUGAAGGGCACAUGGAAAACUGCGUACGAAUGGGCCAAGCUAUUACUGAGUUUGAAUGACUCCGACCCUUAUUGCAUGAAGCUUCUGAUCGACCAUCUUGCUCUACGUGGCCGAGAGUAUGCUCAGUUCGUGGAUCUGUGUACCCAAACACGAUUCAGUCGCGAUUGGGCUGACCUUCCAAACAUUCAAUGCUCGCUGGUCAUGGCGUAUCUGCGGUUAAACAAGCCCCAAGACUGCCGCCGGCAGCUUCAUUAUGCCAUGUCCCGUUACCCGUGGGUGUUCAACCGACUCGCUCAAGAGCUGGACCUUCAACACAUCCCUAAACAGAUUUGGGGCAAGAUGCCUCCGACUGGACCUCACGAACUUCUUACCGAACUAUAUAUCUCGCGAGCGAAAGACCUCUGGAAUACACCGGAGGCUGUUUCUCUCAUCGUGGAAGUUGCCGAUACUCUUUCCGACGAUCAGCAGGCUAUUGAGCCACCAGAGAUUACGUUGGAUAUCGCCCGCCAUGUGGUUCUCUCCGACAUCCCCAAAGUCACAACCCAUCUCCCAACUCGCUUUGUUUCCGGUCGAAUGUCCGCAUCGGAUCCUCUCCCACCGUACGAGUCCGAAGCUUUCCGCCAACAGGCCGAUCCAACACCGUCUUAUCUCGCACGAGUUCCAGAAGCUGGGCGGCCACAAUGGCUUCGUGACCUUUUGGAUCAAAUGCAAAACGGUGCUGGUAUUCGGUUCCCGGGGCUUCCAGGGGGUGACGAUGGAGAGGAUACCGAUGAUGCUCCGCAAGAUGAGGCCGAGAAUGCCCCAGCCGGUGGGCGAGUACGCGCUUUGGCUGGUGACCAACAAGUGCUCGAGCAAUGGCUCCUGCAGGAUGGGCUGGAAUCUUUGCAGAUGUUCCUGCAUGAAUAUGGAGUUGAUCGAGGGAACUGGGGGGACGUGGUGGACUACGGUCCGCUGACCGAUUACCUUGAAGCUCUCCAGGAAAUUCAACCCGAGACGUCUAGACAGCGACUUCUACACGGUCCCAUCCACGAGGUGAUAGGCGAGUUUGCGGUCACAAUGCUCGAGGAUGAGUUGGAGAUGAUGGAGGACGAGCUGACUACCGAAAAUAAUGCAUAG